UGGAACUGAUAACCACAGGUAUAAAAGUGCAGCCAUUACCAGACCCAGACACGUCUCCUGCUGACAAGAUGAAGACCCUUAUUGCUCUUAGCAUCCUCCUCACGGUCUCCAGUGCCAAAAUCCUGACACGGUGUGAAAUCGCUCAAGCUGUAAAGAAUUCUAUCCUGUCUACGUUCACCCAAUACAGCAUAGCAGACUGGGUAUGUAUGGCCGACCACGCUAGUCGAUACAACACACUCGCAGUAUACUACGAGAGAAGCAAUUUUGGAAGGAUCCAGUCAGCAGACUAUGGCAUCUUUCAGAUCAGCAGUAAAUGGUGGUGUGCGAAUGAUAAGUUUCCGGAUGGUCCAAAUGCCUGUAACAUGAACUGUAACGUUUUCCUGACAGGUAGUAACAACAUACAAUCGGACAUUGCUUGUGCAGCAUUAAUAGUGAACCAACAAGGCAUGGAGGCCUGGAAAAGUUGGGCCGAGAACUGCAAGGGGAGAUGGAUCAAUUAUUACACCUACUUUUGCUUCUUGUAAGGAAGAAUGCAACCCUGUUGAUCAACUCCACUCACUUGCGAUACAUCGUAGUAUGAAACACCUGUAGCUGCUAGCUCUGCAUUACUGAGAUUGUUAGGAAUAA